AUGGGCCCCUGUACCGCCUCCCCAUGCUGCUGCCAGGCCCGUAAUCUGCCAUGGGCCCCCGUACCGACUCCUCAUGCUGCUGCCAGGCCCGUAAUCUGCCAUGGGCCCCUGUACCGCCUCCUCAUGCUGCUGCCAGGUCCAGAGUGUGUCAUGGGUCCCUGUACGGCCUCCCAUUGCUGCUGUCUCUAUCGCCACACUCUGCCAUGUGCCACUUUCAGGUCUCCUCACACUGCUGGUGGUUUCCAUUUUUGUCAUAGGGUGCUGUAUGGCCUCCCAUUGCUGCUGCCUCCACCGCCACACUGUGGCUCUACACUCUGGUUUUGGCCCCGUGACUGCCCAAAUGAGUGAAGUGUGCGGUGAUUCUAAGAUCGACGGCACUCAUCUGCAUGUCAUACUGACUGACAGUAUUAUUUCUCUUCCCCAGCAGACUCCAAGGGCAUUUAAAUUAAAGGUACAGUGUUCAGCACUAAUAUUA